CUAACCUUGACAAACUGCUUGUAGUUGGUGCACUGGAGGUUCUCCACCCUGAGUUAGUGUCAUUGCCACAAGGAAUUGUUAUGUUGCCAUCUAGGUAGGAAAUCUGAGAAAAGUUUCAGUAGUUAAUUAGAUUGUAAAUAUUACCUGAAUUUAGUGAAUCUGCAGGAAAGGUAAAUAUAUAGAACGAGAUUCUAACACCUAUACUCACACUGUGUAGUGCUUUACACAGCAGUCGCAAUCCAAGUGAACCGGGAGCCUAGAGACUACAGCAAUCAGUGCCAAUAAGGAUGAGUCAGGAUCCUGAUAAGUAUUUUAAAUUAGCUGCAGUUGCCAACCAUAGAGCUUUUCUUCGGGUCCACGUACCUCCUGAGUACCACAGUGGUUAUGUGAUAGGCAAAGCUUCCAGUGGGAAUUAUUAUUUUAUUCCAUACAUUGUUACACCUUGUGCUGAUUAUUUUUGCUGUGAAAGUGAUGCCUUGCGGAGAGCCUCUGAGUACAUGCAGCCUAACUGGGACAACAUCUUGGGACCUCUUUGUGUUCCACUGAUGGACAGGUUUAUCGCUCUUCUUAAGGACAUUCACGUUACAUCAUGUGCAUAUUGCAAGGAAACACUAUUGAAUGAUAUUAGAAAAGCUAGAGAGAAGUAUCAAGGAGAUGAAUUAGCAAAGGAGCUGGCCAGGAUUAAGCUCCGUAUGGAUAAUACUGAAGUCCUUACUUCUGACAUUGUCAUAAACCUGCUUCUUUCUUAUCGAGAUAUCCAGGACUACGAUGCUAUGGUGAAACUUGUGGAAACACUGGAAAUGCUGCCUACCUGCGAUCUUGCUGAUCAGCAUAACAUUAAAUUUCAUUAUGCAUUUGCAUUGAAUCGAAGGAACAAUGCAGGCGACAGAGGGAAGGCAUUACAAGUGAUGCUUCAAGUCCUGCAGACCUGUGAUCACCCUGCUCCCGAUAUGUUCUGCCUGUGUGGGAGAAUCUACAAGGACAUAUUUCUUGAUUCUGACUGUAAAGAUACCAGUAGCCGAGACAUUGCCAUUGAAUGGUACCGCAAAGGAUUUGAUCUCCAGUCAACACUGUAUUCUGGAAUUAACCUUGCAGUUUUGCUGAUUGUGGCAGGGCAACAGUUUGAAACCUCUAUGGAACUAAGAAAAAUAGGUGUGCGGCUCAACAGUUUGCUGGGAAGAAAAGGAAGCUUAGAAAAAAUGAAUAAUUAUUGGGAUGUGGGACAGUUUUUCAGUGUGAGCAUGCUGGCCAGUGAUAUUGGUAAGGCAGUGCAAGCAGCGGAGAAACUAUUUAAACUGAAGCCUCCAGUGUGGUACUUGAGGUCAUUAGUCCAGAACUUGUUGUUAAUCCAGCGUUUCAAGAAACUCACCAUAGAGCAUUCUCCCAGACAAGAGAGGCUGAACUUCUGGUUAGAUAUCAUUUUUGAGGCAACAAAGGAAACAACUAAUGGACUGAGAUUUCCAGUAUUAGUGAUAGAACCAACCAAGAUCUAUCAGCCUGCAUAUGUGUCAAUCAACAAUGAAGCAGAUGAGAGAACUGUCUCUCUGUGGCAUGUCUCACCCACUGAAAUGAAACAGAUUCAUGAAUGGAAUUUUACAGCUUCCUCCAUUAGGGGAAUAAGCAUAUCCAAGUUUGACGAGCGAUGUUGUUUUCUUUAUGUCCAUGACAACUCUGAUGACUUUCAAAUCUACUUUUCCACAGAGGACCAGUGUAGUAGGUUCUGUGGUUUGGUUAAGGAGAUUUUGACUGAUGGUGUGGGUAGUGCUUUGGAAUUAGAAGGAGAGAUUGACGGGGACACACUGGAAUAUGAAUAUGACUAUGAAGAGAAUGGUGAUCGAGUAAUACUAGGGAAAGGUACUUAUGGAAUAGUUUAUGCUGGACGGGAUCUUAGCAAUCAAGUCCGAAUAGCCAUCAAGGAAAUUCCUGAAAGAGACAGCAGAUAUUCUCAGCCACUGCACGAAGAGAUAGCGCUGCAUAAAUAUCUAAAGCACCGGAACAUUGUCCAGUACCUUGGUUCUGUUUCUGAAGACGGGUACAUUAAGAUCUUUAUGGAACAGGUCCCAGGAGGAAGUCUCUCUGCUCUUCUAAGAUCAAAAUGGGGCCCAAUGAAAGAACCUACAAUAAAAUUUUACACCAAGCAGAUUCUGGAAGGCCUUAAAUAUCUCCAUGAAAACCUGAUUGUACACAGAGACAUAAAGGGAGAUAAUGUUCUGGUGAACACAUAUAGUGGAGUAGUAAAAAUUUCUGAUUUUGGCACUUCCAAGCGGCUCGCAGGGAUCAAUCCAUGUACUGAGACAUUUGCAGGCACUUUGCAGUAUAUGGCUCCAGAGAUUAUAGAUAAGGGGCCUCGAGGAUAUGGUGCACCAGCUGAUAUCUGGUCACUGGGUUGCACUAUCAUUGAAAUGGCAACAGGAAAACCUCCAUUUCAUGAGUUGGGGGAGCCGCAAGCAGCUAUGUUUAAAGUUGGGAUGUUUAAAAUUCAUCCUGAAAUCCCAGAAUCACUAUCUGCUGAAGCAAGGGCUUUUAUUUUGCUCUGCUUUGAACCUGAUCCGAAUAAGCGUGUAACAGCAUCUGAUCUACUCAAAGACCCCUUCUUAAAGCAGGUGAACAAGGGCAAGAAAAACAGAAUUGCGUUCAAGCCUUUAGACUAUAAUCGCAGUACGUCCCUCCCAUUGCCCAUCCAUGGGGAGCAGGCUGGCAGUAGCAGUAGUGAACAUGGCUCUGUGUCACCAGAUUCUGAUGUACAGCAUGAUGUGUUCUUUGAAAAGACAAAGCGAUCUGUUUCUGAGAUCCCAACAAAGCAUCCUAUUUCCCACUUACUGAGCAUUCCUGAUGAGAAUUCUGCCUCAGAAGACCGGAGUGCUUCUCCUUCUCUCGAGGAUAGAGAUUCUGGACUCUUCCUGCUCCGGAAGGACAGUGAACGCCGAGCAAUUCUCUAUAAAAUUCUUAAAGAGGAACAAAAUAAAGUUGCUUCAAACUUACAGGAGUGUCUUGCCCAGAACGCUGAAGAACUACUACUUUCAGACAAUCACAUCAAGCAGAUAAUUGGCAUUUUAAGGGACUUCAUACGCUCUCCGGAACACAGAGUGAUGGCAUCCACAAUAUCCAAGCUAAAAAUGGAUUUGGAUUUUGACAGCAGUUCCAUCCAUCAGAUUCACCUGGUGCUGUUUGGAUUUCAGGAUGCGGUGAACAAAGUAUUAAGGAAUCAUUUAAUUAGGCCUCAUUGGAUGUUUGCAAUGGAUAACAUAAUUCGCCGCGCAGUCCAAGCAGCAGUCACUAUUCUUAUCCCAGAGCUUCAAGCUCACUUUGAGCCAGCUUCAGAGACUGAAGCUGUGGAAAAAGAUGCCGAUGAAGUGGAAGAUGAUUACCAGCCAAUGGAACAAAAUGGAAAUGAGGAGCCAGUUGUCACGUCUGGAGUGAGCACACUCAGUUCUGUGGUGUCACAUGAAUCACAGCAGCAACAGCUUAAUCUGCAGCUAGCCAAACUUAAACAAGAAACAAACAGGCUUCUGGAAGUCUUGGUUCAGAAGGAGAGAGAGUAUCAAAACCUCUUACGGCAAACUCUAGAGCAGAAAACGGAAGAGUUACACAGGCUUCAGUUACAGUCCAAGUCUGGAGAAUUGCAAAACCUUCCAAGAGCUCCUGUACAGAAUGUAGACCAAGAGCUCCUAGACUGGUUAAGACAACAAGGAGCUGACUCAGAUGCAAUUGAAAGGUUUACUGAAGAGGAUUACACACUGAAUGAUGUCCUUAAUGAUAUCACUAAGGAUGAUUUGAGAUAUCUUAGAUUACGUGGUGGUCUUCUCUGCAGAAUCUGGAAUGCAAUAUUAAACCACAGAAAAAUGGCCAAUAAGCCCUCAGAAACGAACAGUUGAAUCUCAGACAGUACAGCACAUUCCAAGCAUUUCUUAAAUUAUUUUAUUUUUGCAUUUUGCACAGCUAAAUGGCCUGUUUAUCAAUGUAAUAAUUUAACUUCAAAAUAUAAGUACAGUCAACUGUAGCACAGCUUUAAGACUGCCCCUAAUUUUUUAAAAAUGUGUAAAAUAAGUAUAUUAAUGUAUUUCACCUGCCAAUGUAAAUAUAACUGCAGCUGAAGAAAAGAGCUUGCUGUUUUUAGUAAAAAAAAUGCCAUAUACUUAGAGCUGUCUAAAAUGCAUUCUAAUUUUAGACAUGUAUAAUUCUAUCACCUGCACUGAAUAAAUAUCAACCAAAUGUAUAUAAAGGAUGGAGAACUUGUAUGUGGCUACAAAGGUAUCUAGAGUGUCGCUAUAGCUUUUUUUUACAUUAAAUGUUUGCUUUGUGUUG